GGCGCGGCGGACAAGCGCUCGGGCUUCCUGACGCUGGGCUACCGCGGCUCCUUCACCGCGCUGCGCGACAACCAGGCGGACGCCAAGUUCCGGCGCGUGGCGCGCAUCCUGGUGUGCGGGCGCAUCGCGCUGGCCAAGGAGGUCUUCGGGGACACGCUGAACGAGAGCCGAGACCCCGACCGGCCGCCGGAGAAGUACACGUCGCGCUUCUACCUCAAGUUCACGUACUUGGAGCAGGCGUUCGACCGCCUGUCCGAGGCCGGCUUCCACAUGGUGGCGUGUAACUCCUCGGGCGCCGCUGCCUUCGUCAACCAGUACCGCGACGACAAGAUCUGGAGCAGCUACACCGAGUACAUCUUCUUCCGACCGUCUCAGAAAACAGUGUCACCCCAACAAGACCGUGAAGAUAGGAAGCACGACAAAGCUGCAGAAAAGGGAAGUGAAAGUGGGACUUCGUGUAACGAGCUCUCCACGUCCAGCUGUGACAGCCACUCAGAGGCGAGCACUCCGCAGGAGAACCCACCCAAUGCGCCACAGGCCACAGCGCACCAGCCCAACACCUUAACCUUGGAUCGGCCUUCCAAGAAGGCCCCGGUGCAGUGGAUGCCCCCACCAGACAAGCGCAGGAACAGCGAACUCUUUCAGACGCUCAUCAGCAAGUCUCGGGAAACCAAUCUUUCCAAAAAGAAAGUCUCUGAGAAGCUGAGCGUGGAAGAAGAAAUGAAAAAGUGCAUUCAGGAUUUUAAAAAAAUCCACAUUCCAGAUUAUUUUCCAGAGCGUAAACGUCAAUGGCAAUGUGAACUGCUCCAGAAGUAUGGGUUAUAGUAAUCCUCCUAGUCUCGCAGUAUUUCAAUGACGUUCACUGUUUACUUCGGUGUCACCACUUGACUGACGUCCUAAUAGCGGUCAGUGUGUUUCUUGCUGCUCUUCCUAUUUGUGAACAGUGGGUGUGGGGUGAUAUUUUCUUUCAUUAUUGCUUCGGGUUUGUUUUCAAACAUAAUAAAAAUAAAAAUGAAGCUGAAAAUGGUUAAAUCAAAAUGGCAUAGCUGAUUCAAACCGUUUCGCAGGAAUGAGAGUAUAAUGUGCAUGGUCAAGAAUCUUAGAAUCUUGAUUUUUGAACUGUGGUUAACUGGAUAUGUUUGUCAUUCUGUAACUCACCAAAAAUAAAUCAUCCUAUCACAUUAACUACAUGACAGUGUGAGCGAAGCAAUAUCAAGUAAAAUGCUAGGUGGUGGUUUUAGGACCCAAUCUCAAACUGUUAAAUGUUAAUGCAAUAAAACAAGUAUUAUUUUUGCAUGAGCACAAUGUUACAAGUAAAUCAAGUGAAAUAAGGAAAAUGUUUGUUGCUUGGAAAGAGAAUAAAAUUACAAAAAAUAGAGCAAAAAAUGUUACAGGCAAAGCUUAUAAAUGUAAAUGUCUGGGGGACUAGAUUUCCUUCGUUCCAGAUUUGUGAUAUUUGUGUAUGUGUAUGGUGUUCUGUAUGUUAAGAUGGUGUAAAUAUGCCUUAUAUUGUUGUGUUAUGGCCCUGCCAUCUCUCUAUUAAUGCUAGUCAUGAUUAUUUCUGUGAAAUGAGUCCUUUAUAUCAGGCUGUGGAAAAUCAGUAUAAUGAUGCUCUUAAAGAUCCUAUUAACAUGUUAAUCAAAAUAAUGGAAAGAAAUGGUAAGGAGCUUUAUGUAUUUAUUGGAAAAAAAGGAAAAUAAACUAGAAUUCAUUUA